AUGUACGAUAAAUGCUACGUGUGGCAAGCAGAUAACUUCUGUGGUGAAAAGGCAUGGCGUUUUUUGAUUCAACUCAAUCAAAACAGCUCAUUAGUACUGAUGCAACUGUUACGUCAAUCGAAUUUGGUGAAGAAAGUACCGAAAAUAUGCGAGGAAUGGAAAACAGGGAAUGGAUAUGCGACCGCACGGCACGGCGAACGUGCUUCGGCCCAUCGUCGUGAUGUGGCUUCUUCACACACUUCACGCAAUACUUGUUCAUUUGAUUCGUUACUUCUGUUCUUCACCUAUUCUAUACCUAGUCUCACUUAUGCUCUCUUCAAAUAUUGCUUCAUUUAG